UAAUAAAAAAUCCGCGUAUAAUUUGACUCAUAAACUCUUUCUUUUUCCGCGCUUUCAAAUCUUUCUCAGAACCAACCUUCCCUUCAAAACUUCAAACCCUAAUUUAUAUCCCCAAAAUUCCUCCCUUUCCUCCUCAUUCUCUUCUUCAACAAUGGCGUCCCAUCUCAACGGAGCUUACUACGGCCCUUCCAUUCCUCCCUCCUCCAAGUCCUACCACCGCCCCGGCCGCGGCGACGGCGGCUGUGGCUGUUGCGGCUGUCUCGGCUGCCUCUGCAACUGCUGCUGCGGCUGUAUCCUCAACCUCAUCUGUCAAAUCAUCAUCACCGUCGUCAUCGUCCUCGGCAUCGCUGUCUUCCUCUUGUGGCUCAUCUUCCGUCCAAAUCUCCUCCAAUUCCACGCCACCGAUGCCUCUCUCACGCAGUUCAAUUUCACUACGCCUAACAAUAACAACCUCCAUUACAAUCUCGCUCUGAAUAUCACCGCCAGAAAUCCAAAUCGGAGGAUUGGGAUCUACUACGACACUAUUGAGGUUAGCGCCUUUUACGAAGAUCAGCGGUUCAGUACGGUGAAUUUGAGCCAGUUUUACCAGGGGCAUAAGAACACCAGUUUACUCAGUCCGUCGUUCGUUGGACAGAACAUAAUUCUUUUAGGUACGGAUGGAAUUUCGUCUUUUAAUUCUGAGAAGAGCUCGGGGAUUUUCAGUAUUGAUGUGAAACUUAACUUGCGGCUCAGAUUCAAGUUCGGUUUAGUGAAAUUUGGACACUAUAAACCGAAGAUCAGAUGUCCAUUGAAGGUGCCUUUGAGAUCCAAUGGUACUUCUUCUUCUUCAAAUGGUGUGUUCGAAACCACCAAGUGCAGCUAUGAUUUGUAAUCGUUAGAUCUGAAUUUUCUUCCAUCUUCGUCUUUGUUUUUCCUCUCUGGAUUGAUAUGCUAUGAUUAUUGAUUCUAGAUUCUACAUUCACAUAUGUUCUUAUUGAAAUCUUAUGGAUUCAAUUCGUUUAUUUUUUUUC